AGCUGUUUUUUAUUUGGUGUAUAAAGUUCAACGUAAGAAAUUCUUUUCCGCACAUAUUCACGGAACUUUAUUUCGCACAACAUUUUCGUAGUAGAAUUGGAAAAUGAGCUCAAAAAGUGGAAAACGCAGACGAAUGGAUACGUUUCGUAGGGAGGAUAAAAUCGCACUUAUUAGGGCAGUGCAGUCACAUGAAUGCUUAUGGAAAACAACAAGCAAAAAGCCCAAAGAACAAAAUGCAAUACAACACGCAUGGAAAAGGAUUGGCGCGCAAAUGAAUAAAGAAGCAUACGAAUGCAAGAUUGCAUGGCGUUCUAUAAGAGACAGCUUGAGAUACCAUCGUUCAAAGCCCGCUAAAAAAAUCUCUUCGAAGGAUUGCGAGUGUCAUCCCGUUGAUUGGGAGUUCGCGAAAUACUUGACAUUUCUUCCCAUAAUGACAUCACAGAAUCAUAACCACUUUGAAGAGUUUGAAGCAGCCAGCCCAGUCAAUGAGUCUACGCAAGUGGUUUUCCCAGAUGAAGAAUCUGUUGAAUCAGAUGCGUUUCUUUCUGACAGCCAAUUGAUGGAAAAUGAAAUGACAAUUGACAAUGAAUCUGAGCCAAGCAUAUCCUAUGAGAGUAAUAAAGAAACCGCUAAGUUAAUAGAGCCCAAGGUCGAGGAAAAUUACCAAGAGAGCGGUGUCAAUGAGCAUCUUGUUGGCAUAAUAGGCAAAUAUUUUACUCCUCCAAAGCCUGGACGCGCGAUUUUACCAUAUUGGGGAGAGCUGCUCAAUGAGUUGCCCCCCAGCUGUAGCAAGACGUGUGGAAGUGGAAAUAACAAAUUUGCUGUACUCAAAAAUAAAGUUACAUGCCAAAAGGCCCAGGUAGCAUAA